AUGCCUCCGCUCGCCACCUCUUCUGCUUCCACCCUGACCCGGGCCUGUGCCCGCCCGCUUCUCUCCUCCGUCCGCCGCACAGCUACCGCACUCACUUCACAACAGCAGCAGCAGCAGCAACGCAGAGGACAAGUCACUACCUCGACCUCGACGACUUCUUCCUUCGACAGCCCCUUCGGCCAGUCCAAGGACAGCGCAUCGACGCUCAAAAUCCCUAGUUUCAAGAAAUAUGCUAGCAAGGGCGGGGAGACAUCGAACAAAGUGUUCUCUUACUUCAUGGCUGGGAGUAUGGGGUUGUUAACUGCUGUUGGUGCGAAGGCGACUGUGCAUGAUUUCCUCCUCAACAUGUCCGCCUCCGCCGACGUUCUGGCUCAGGCAAAGGUCGAAAUUUCCCUCUCUGCCAUCCCAGAAGGCAAAAAUGUCAUCAUCAAAUGGCGAGGCAAACCCGUCUUCAUCCGCCACCGCACCCCAAGCGAAGUCCAAGAAGCCGAAAACACUAAAUGGGAGACUUUGCGGGAUCCCCAGCCCGAUUCAGAUCGUGUAAAGAAUCCUGAAUGGCUUGUUAUGCUUGGCGUCUGCACGCAUCUCGGCUGCGUUCCUAUCGGCGAAGCCGGUGAAUAUGGAGGCUGGUUCUGCCCCUGCCACGGUUCCCACUACGACAUCUCCGGCCGAAUCAGAAAGGGCCCCGCCCCGCUCAACCUUGAGAUCCCGACGUAUUCUUUCCCUACUGAAAAUACUUUGCUCAUCGGGUAA